AUGAGCAGCGUCAUCGACCAGGGGUCGAAAAUCAAGUUCACGAUGCUCCCUGCCCUGAAGCUCAAGGAACUCAACGCGAACUACGUGCGGGAGACUGGGCGCCCGCCCAGGGACUACGAGGACACGACGGACGUCCAGCUCUCGGCGCUGGCCGCCCGGCUCGCCGCGGGCGAGGCGCCGCACGUCGACUUCAGUGUCUUCGGACCCUUUGGGAAACGGAUCCAGCGGCUCAUGAACUUCCAGGCCGACGUCUGGGUGAGCGGCCAGCUGGUGAAGAAGAAGCUCGCCGGGCCAGAGAACUUCGAGACUUGGCGGAAGGGCUGGCGAGUCUUCCGCGUGGCGGCUAUCAAGCUCCAACUUUCGAGGCCGGGUCCCAUCGACGAUUUUGAGGAAGGGGUGCGGCUCCUCAACUCGACCUUCCCCCGUGACUGGGGGGCCGUUUUCCUGACCGUCUGCCACUGCUUGGAGGAGCGCUGGCAUCAGGUCCGCACGAAGAUCGAGGAUUUGGUGGAGAAGGGCAAGUUCCAGGGCGACUUCGACCGGGAGCGCCCCUGGGAAGCCGUAUUCUCUUACACGGCCUACGACAGCGGGCAAGACUCGCAGUGGUGGAAGAUCCACUUGGAGCUCCCGUGCCUGACCGGCAGGACGGGCGGCCGCUCUCGCACGUCGGAGGUCGAGGGCGGCCCAUCAGCCGUCGACCAGAUCGAGCGGCAAUCCGAUAAGCGGGCUGCUGACCACCACGGCGACGGCUCUGAACGCCCCACGGGCGCUGGGGCGAAGAGGGCCAAGAAGGCGAAGUCUCAUUGGCAGCAGGUCAGGGACAACAACGCGGCCGGAGAGACCAAGGACGGCCGGUUCACGAAACACCAGGGCUACCCUUACAAGGACGGCCUCUCCCAGGCCGGGUACCUCAACAAGCAUUGCCCCAAUAAGGCUUCGGGGCCCGCCGGGCGCGCUGGCGGCGCUGCCGGGGGGCCCGCCGGGGCCGCCGGGCGCGCUGACGACGCAGCCAGGGCUCGCGCGCUGCCGGGGCGUCGCGGACUGGCCCGCGCGUGGGGCUCCCACCUCGGCGCACUGGCGAAGCUGCAGCGUCGGCUCGGGGAGCUCCGGGCGCGGGGGGGCCAGCGGGCGCGUCGCGGCGACGCUCCGGCCGCAGCUCGUCCGACGCCGCCCGCGCUGGCGCAGCCGGCUGGCUACCCCGGCCAAGACAUGUGGGAUCGGAGACGCGUGCGGCCCCGUCGACCACCCGGCGAGCCGGAGGGCCCAUCCGCGCGUGAGGAGCGGUCGGCCCAGGAUGCCCUCUGCACCGCCGGCCUCCGCAACCCUCACAGGGUAGUGAAGGCGUGGGGCGACCUCCAGGAGGCCAUGGCGGUUGUGCGGGCAGCCCUUCUGCGGGCGCGGGCACGUGAGCCCGCUCUGGUCGGGAUGGUGGGCGCGUGCGGGCAGCGGCCCUCUCGCGCGCCCCCGCCCGAGUCUGCUGUCGCGUCUGCCCGCGCCGAGGUGGCAGCGGCCCUGGGUUUGGGGAUGGCGCAGGCCGAGGAGCACCAUCCGUCCUCCCCACUGCGGCACGAGAUCUUCGCGGAGUGCGCCCGCCGGUCGAAGGACCCCGACGUGCACGUGCCCAUCUGGCUCCGGGAGGGAGCCCCGAUGGGCAUCCGGCGAGCGAUCGCCCCCGGCGGCCAUUUCCCGUUGGCGGCCGCAGAGGCGACCCUUUCAGUGGACGCCUUCCGCAGGGAGUUUUGUUUUUCAGGAAACCAUCGCUCGUUCGUGGAUGAUUUCGGCGAGAACGAGGCGCCGACGCUCCCCCUCGUCCGGGAGUACCUGGAGAAGGGGUUCGGCCGAGCAUUUCCGUCUCGCGAGGCCGCCGAGGAGGUCUUCGGGCCCACGUAUCCCGCGCCGCUCGGAAACGUCCGGAAGCGGAAGCAGGGCGGGGACGGCUGGAAGAACCGCAUCAUCCAGGACUUGAAGGCAUCGCGGGUGAACCUCCUCAGCUCCACUCCCGAGCGGGCGGUGCUGCCCCGUGGCAUCGACCACGCCGUGGACAUGGCGACCCUCUUUACGGCGGACGGAGCCGACCACGGGGAGAUCCUCGUCAUCGACUUCUCAGACGCCUUCAUGUCGUGCCCGCUCCACGAGAGCGAGCGCCCGUACAAUUGCGCCGAGGUGCGGGGCCUCGAGGCGGAGAACGACUACACGUUCAUCGUGUGGGCGGUGCUCGGGUUCGGGGGAAAGGCGAAUCCCCUGGUCUGGGCCCGCGUGGCCAGCGCGGCGGCGCGGACUGCGCAGGCGCUGACGCUGAGCGGGGGCCUGCGGCUCCAGCUGUACGUGGACGACCCAGCGCUGGCGGUGCAGGGCCCUCCGCGGGCGUGCGAGCAGGAACUCGAUCUGGCCUUGCUUUGGUGGCUCGUGCUCGGGCUGCGCAUCGCGUGGAAGAAGGGCCGCCACGCGCACGGGCCCCUCCGCGGGGGCCCGCGUCCGGCCCUGGAGCACGAGUGGAUCGGCAUUCGCUUCGCGAUGGCCGAGGAUUGUGCCGUCAUGGGGCUCACCCAGAACUUCAUCGAUGAGUUGCUGGAGCUCCUCCGCCACUUCAUGGCGAAGAAGGGCCAUGCGCCGAUCAAGCAAGCGCGGUCGUUGGUGGGGAAGGCAGCCCGGGUUGCUCAGAUCAUCCCGGCCGCGACCCCGUUCGCCGCGGCCUUGUGGGCGGCGCUGACGGGGGCCCUCCGCCAGGCGAACGCGGGGAAGCGGGAGUCCCCGCCGAACACGGUGCCGCUCCAGCGCUUCUUCACCGCGGCUCGCUGGUUCCGCGCGUUGCUGGAGCCAGUCGACGAGGCGCGCCGACCCGAGUGCUUCUUCCCGCUGGAGCGGCGAGUGUAUCCGCGCCCCGACGCGGUUCAGUGGCCGCGAUCCAGAUACCACGUUGAAUUUGACGCCUGCCCCUGGGGGGGCGGCGCCGCGCUGUUCGAGGGCGCGACCCCAGUCGAGUGGUUUGCGACUUCGUGGGACCAGGAGGUGCUCGACGUCUUCGGAGCCGUUCUGGGCUUGGCAAAGUAUCAGAGCCUCUGGGAGUUCAUCACGCUCCUCCUCGCGCUCAUCAUUUGGCGGUGCCACGCGGAGCACGCCGUGCUCUACGUCCUCGGGGACAACGUGGCGGCCUUGCAGGACGCGAUGCAGCUCAAAGGCAGCGGAGACAUGCUCGUCGUCGCCCGGGAGAUCGCCUGGCGGGCAGCUCGGUGGCCCCUGCACUUCGAGUGCGCCCACUUGCCCAAGGAGCUCAACCUCGUCGCCGACUCCCUGAGCCGUUUGGCGGCCGUGCCUCCCGCGGCGUUCCCAGCUAGGCUGCACGGCGUGCCGCGGAGCCCCGUGCCCGCGUGGCGCCAG